CUGUUAGGUGUUGCACAUCUGUCUAAUUUGCAAUAUCUAGGGUUUGCCGAGACAUGAUUACCCGUCGAUCCCUCGGGUACGCCUACGUCAAUUUCCAGCAGCCCGCCGACGCUGAGCGAGCCUUGGAUACCAUGAACUUCGACGUACUGAAAGGACGUCCUAUCAGGAUUAUGUGGAGCCAACGUGACCCUUCCCUCAGGAGGUCCGGAGUUGGUAAUGUGUUCAUCAAGAACCUCGACAAGAGCAUUGACAACAAGGCAAUGUACGAUACUUUCUCUGCUUUCGGAAAUAUUCUAUCCUGCAAAGUCGCUCAAGACGCAGAUGGUUCCAGCAAGGGAUACGGGUUUGUCCAUUUCGAAACUGAGGAGGCCGCCGUCAACGCUAUUCAGAAAGUCAACGGUAUGUUGUUGAAUGACAAGAAGGUCUUUGUCGGAAGAUUCGUUCCCCGCAAAGAGAGGGAGAAGGAGCUUGGAGAGAAGGCCAAGAAGUUCACCAACGUGUACGUCAAGAACUUCGGCGAGGAGCUUGGAGACGACAAGCUGAAGGAUAUGUUCACCAAGUUCGGAAAGAUUACUUCAUACAAAGUGGUAAGUCCCCCUCACCCCUCCCUGAAUGCGCGUAUCAGCCUGGUUCUAGUGUGUCUAGUUCCGGCAGAAUUUCAAGGUUAUCAUCCCGAGUCCUUAACAUGGAAACUGGUAUUGGUAUACCUUCAGGCACCAGUUUCCUUAAAUAUCAUGGUUCAAGGUUGAAUUCAUGUCCUGGGC